AGCACAACAGUUUCUAUGGAUACAAGUAAUUCAACCAAAGAAACUGGCGACAUCCCUAUCCCGGUGACUAGUUCCAAGUCAUCGAAGGCGGCCCCUCCUCCAGUCGUAGCGGCAAAAGCCAAGAAAACCGCCAAACAACCGCUAGUGUCAGGGUGGAAAAGGGGUCUUGGCAUCAUUGACUUCAUUUUAAGGAUAUGUGCCAUUGCUGCGGCCCUAGCGGCUGCUACCGCUAUGGGCACCACCAGCCAACAACUCCCCUUUUUCACCCAGUUUUUUCAGUUCAAAGCUGAUUACGAUGACCUCCCCGCUUUCACGUUUUUCGUGAUUGCAAAUGCCAUGGCUGGUGCUUACUUAGUACUCUCGUUGCCAUUUUCUAUCUUGUGCAUCGUUCGACCACAUAUCUUAGGAGCUAGGUUGAUGCUCCUUGUUUUCGACACUGUUGCAGUGCCAUUGGUGACUGCUGCUGCAUCAGCGGCUGCGUCAAUAGUCUACUUGGCACACAAUGGCAACUCGGACGCAAAUUGGGUGGCGAUCUGUCGACAGUUCAACGACUUCUGCCAGCGCGUUAGUGGAGCUGUGGUGGCGUCCUUUAUAACUGCACUCCUGUUUGUAGUCCUUGUUGCUGUGUCUGCAGUGGCUCUUCGGCGAAAGUGAACGACAAACGAAAGUGGCUAUUUCUGUCAAUCAUGUUUUUUCAUAUUAUGUUUUUUUUGUGAUCAACAAAUGAAAGUGUGAUUCUGGAUCUUUAUCAUCGUAUGUAUUUGUCAGUAAGUAGUUUUUUUCCAGUUUGUUAACGAUUAAUAUAUAUUAAUAGUUAACACAAGUUUGGGCUGAA